CAUACCAAAAAAGCGUUAUUUGCCAUGAACACUUUAGAGAAGAGGACAUACAAGGAGGAUUACAAUUUAAAAUGGGUUUGUGCUCGAAGCGAACUUUAAAGCGUGGAUCAGUGCCAUGCAUUAACAAAAACGAUUGCAGUGAGGCUGAACGCGAACGUAGUGAAAAAUGCAAGUAUCGCCAACUGGUAGAUGAACUGCUUGAAGAAUCAGCUGCACGGGAAGCUGCUGAGGCUACUGGAGCAUUUGUCACUGCGCCGGACUUUGUGCGCAAUACAGGCAUCGCCUCAGCUCCAGACUUUGUUUGUACCACUGGCAAUGCUUUUAUACCGGCUUCCUCAAGCGAAAACGAUCCCUUGGGCGAAGCAGAACAAGACGCAAGUGCGCUCAAUACGAGUAUAGUUAACAAGGAGCAGCCUAAAUGUCGCACUUGCAAUAAAACUCUUGCUGGAAGCGAAACGUUCAAGGAUCUUGGCAGUGAGGAAAAUGCAGUAAUGUUGCAUCACAUAGAAGUUAUAACUGGCAUUUGGAUAAAAUGUAAUGGCAACUCGUCGCUUAUGUGUACGAGUUGUGUAACGGAUCUGCGUACUGCCAUUGAAUUUCGAGAAACCUGCAUACAAACGGAGCUUCGACUGGCACACGAUGAGCAGAUCAAACGCGAAGCUAAUGCAGCGCCUGUAGCUAUGAAAAGCAAUGAUAGCAAUGAUGCGGAGUCAACAGGAAGGAAAACUUUUAUAAUUGAGCCAGUGGUGUAUAAAAGAAUUGAUGAACAACCCAUUGAUGCACAGAGUGUUGCGCUGGGUACACAGAUUUAUGAGGAUCUCUUAAAUAAAUAUAAGGGAGAGGAUACAAUAGGCAUGCGACCAAAGAGACCAAAUACCAGUAAAUUGAAAGUAAAGCAACGAAAGUCACAGGUAAAAGCGCCCAAAACAGAAAAGCCAAAGACCAAGGACGAGAUACGCUUACACCGCAAUCGCGUGCGUCGUGAACAGAUCAGAGCAGCGCCACUAAAUUAUGUAUGUGAUCAAUGUGGUGCAUCGUUUCGUGUUCGAUGUAAUCUAACAAUACACAUGCUUCGCCACACACGCACAAAGAAUUAUCACUGUAGUGAGUGCCCCAAAGUUUUUUACGACGCCUACAUGAGAAACAUGCACAUACGCGUGCAACACAAAGGCGAGCGGCCGUUUACAUGUAAUUAUUGCGAAAAAAGAUUCACUUCUUCCAAUUCACGUUAUUUACAUGAAAGAAGAUUUCAUGGAGCCAUGCCUCGUAUUCAGCGCCAUACGAGAGGCACUGAAGCUGCUAAUGGGCUUGAUAAAUCUCUAACGGAAGUGAAGCAUGAGCAAAUGGAAAGUGUGCGCCACUAUUGUACAUAUUGCACUAAAAGUUAUGCCACCAAGUAUGCGCUCAAUUGGCAUAACAAUAUACAUUUGGGCGUGAAGCCUUUUAAGUGUAAAUACUGUGAAAUGGGCUUCUACGAUCCACAGUCCAAAUUGAAGCAUGAGGUUAUGCGUCAUAAUAGCAAGCGACCCUAUGAAUGCGAUAUUUGUCUUAAAACUUUCUUUGUGCGCACCAAAUUCAGAGAUCAUGAGCGCAUACACACUGGGGAGCGUCCAUUUAGUUGUGAGGUGUGCAAUGCGAAUUUUCGUUACAGAUACAAUCUGUACACACAUCGUUAUAGUAAAUUGCAUAAAGCAAAUGUGCAGCGCUUACUUAGUGUUGAGGAGCCAAAAAUGGAAAUUUGUAUAAAGUGGACAUUGUGUCGCACCUGCACUUGUGAGACUAGCGAUACCGCCCAAUUGCAGUCACUCUUUAGCGACAAAUCUCUGGCCAAACAGUUGCUGGAUUAUUCUGGAGUUGCAGUGGAUCCAAAUGAUGGCUUGCCAGAUCAGAUAUGUAAGGAUUGUAUACACAGUCUUAAUGCAGCACAUUUGUUUCUUGUUGGCUGCAAACGAGCGGAUGAACAGCUACGUAAUGUUGUAGAGCGCACCAAAAGUGCCACCAAGGACUUUGAUAGCAAAAGCAAAAGGAGCAGAAAAGCAGAGUCUACAACAUCUGAUGAUGAAGACACUACGCUGCCAACGAAAAUUAAUAUAGAGAGCAAGGAGAUGAACGUUGACGAGCCGGAACAAUUAGAUAUGUCAAAGGAAGAGAAAAAAAGCAUACAAAGUGCAGCAGAUUCCGCUGCACAGAACAAUGAAGAAUACUUGCUAGUUGUAAGCAACAAAGAAGAAGAUAGCGAUUGCAACGAAUAUAUUAUGGUUGACGUUGGUGAUAAUGAUAAUGUAAUCGAAGAGUCUGAUGCAGAUGAUGAUUUUAAUAAGAAAAACCCAUCAGUUAAGGAAACGAUUGAACGUACAGUUGACUUGGGCCCUGCUUGCGAGUCAGCCAACUUUUCCUAUCACAGUUGCACCAUUUGUUACAACUCAUUUCCCAACAAAACGCAGCUCAAGAAUCACGUACGCAAGCAUUGCAUUGUAAAGAACUAUGAAUGCGAACUAUGCUCAAAGCGCUUUAAUGCCGCCUGUAAUCUAACAACCCAUAUGCGCACCCACACAGGGGAAAAACCCUUUGUAUGCAACUAUUGUGGUCGUCGUUUCGCGGAUCGAAGUACCCAUCGCAAGCAUGAGCGUAUGCAUACAAAUGAACGUCCCUAUGCCUGUGAUAUUUGUGGCAAGACCUUUUCGCUCUCAACGACGCUCAAGGCACAUGCUCUAACACACACUAAAGAAAAACCUCACAAAUGUUUAACCUGUAAAAAAGGAUUUCGCCUGCCGCAUCAGCUUAAAGCUCACGAGAAGACUCAUACACAUCGCUACGAGGUGAGCAUAACGUAUGAUGAUUAUAAUCAGGACGAAGACGACUCUGCCAGUAGUUAACUGUUAAGAUGGUUUAUAUUUAAUUU